AUGGCAGAGCGAAAAAGUCCGAAAUACGGGUUUAAUGAAGGACACAGCUUCAGACACCAGUAUCAGCCCUUGAGUCUUAAUAGACUGCAGUAUCUUAUGGACUUGGGUCGAAUUGAUCCUACUCAACCUAUUGAUUUAACCCAGCUUGUCAAUGGAAGAGGUGUGACCAUCCAACCACUUAAAAGGGAUUAUGGUGUCCAGCUGGUGGAGGAGGGUGCUGAUAACUUCACGGCCAAAGUGAAUAUUGAAGUGCAGUUGGCUCCAGAACUUGCCAUUGCUGCAAUUGAAAAAAAUGGUGGUGUUGUUACUACAGCCUUCUAUGAUCCCAGGAGUCUGGAAAUUUUGUGCAAACCUGUCCCAUUCUUUCUGCGUGGACAGCCCAUUCCAAAACGAAUGCUUCCACCUGAAACACUGGUAACAUAUUAUACCGAUGCAAGAAAUCGUGGUUAUCUGGCAGAUCCUGCCAAAUUUCCUGAAGCAAGACUUGAACUCGCCAAGAAGUACGGUUAUAUUUUGCCUGAUAUCACGAAAGAUGAACUCUUCAAAAUGCUCCGUGCACGAAAGGAUCCACGGCAGAUCUUCUUUGGUCUUGCUCCAGGCUGGGUGGUGAAUAUGCCUGACAAGAAAAUCCUGAAGCCUAUAGAUGAGAAUCUCACCAAGUACUACAGCUCAUGAAGCCUCUUCCAUGGC